UAACCUGUGUUUUAAAACAAUGUCAAGGGUAUGUAAAGAGAAUACAGUGCUAAAUAAAAAUUAUUAAUAUGAUUAAGCUGACACUGGCACUUAUUAAAGGUAUGCUAUGAAGGAUUUUCCUACAGAACGUCAGGAUUCAUACAGAAGUGAACAAUGUCAGUGGUUCCCAAUUAGUGGGUCGCAGGUCCAUUCUGCAAGUGACUCACGAACAUGCCAAGUUUGUAAAAAACACACUUUAUUCUGAAGAACAUUGCUGUGGAGUGAGUGACUGUAUAUCAGCAAACCAGCACAAUGACAUGGCCAAAUGCAAGUAUGACUGUGUGGACCUUAAACUAAUGACUAAAGAUAAUUCUGGACCCCGUGGCUGAACCAGUUGGGAACCUCGGAUCUAUGUCAAUCAUCAGUUAAGACCCACUAGAAGUGUGUAGCAGUGUGUUUUUUGCAGAGACUCUACUUUCUGCCUGUGUUUAUUUAUUUAUUAUUUUCUGUGCUCAAAAUGUUUAUGACUGUGUAUCCCCACAGUGUGCAGUUGAGGUCUGGACUUUAUAAAAAGAUGGCGACGAGGUGCCAGACAGUAAGAGGCAGGCAUUCAAUAGCCACAGCGCUGAAACCCCCCCCCCGCAACUAUAGGGAGACAAAACGGCAAAUGGGAGUGAAUCUAGGGUUGGCUUUUACUUUAACAUUCACUGGCGAGCAUGUUAACAGUAACCCACAGUCCUGUAUAGUAUACCUCGUAUACCACCUUGGGUUUGACCUGAGGUUCAGGCAGAGUGUAUAGACAGCAGUGAAACUCUGCUCCUGCUCAGUCGCUUAGACAGACAGAACUGUCUCCAUUGAUCCGCAUAUGGGAUUAUCCAAUUAUAUAUACUGCACACUCAUUCCUCCCCAGACUGUAUGCCUGCACAGUAUAUACUGUACACACAUGCAAAACAGUUUAAACUGCAAAACCAGAACAUAUACUCAAAUGCACAAAAAUAGCCAGAUACAACUGCACCUCAGUGUGCACACACACAUACACUAAAGACAAGCUCAGACAUGCACAGAGGGACACAAACAACUUGUUCUCUGCAAAUACACACCUCUGAAGCACCAACUCCAGCUACACAUUGCAAGAUUUGUAUCGUUCUUAAGGGGAAUCAGUGAGUCAAGUUUUAUGCAAAAAUUGAAUAUAAAACCGCAAAACUUGUAUUUUCGCUUCUGCCAGGUGACUUUGUCUAUUUCUGAACUUCUCAGAGCCUCUAUAAAACUAUAGGACUGUGCAGGGAGAUUACAUGUGAAUGGCUAUUUCAGCUGUGGCUAAGCCCAUGCUCAUCAAAGAAGGCAACCAGCUCGACGGGAAAUAAUUUAGGAUUAGAUAGGCUGUCUAAUCUCUUUAUAGAGGGUGUGCCAUCUCAGCAGACAUACCUGCCUACCUCCACAUCCAUCUCAUAUCUCUUUAGGAACUGCGUCUCUCGCUGUCCAUAUAUUAUGGAUAUUAAGUCUAAAGACACUAGUGGCAGGUAGCUCUGCGCGAUACCUUGAAAUACUUCCUGUUGUCCAUAUUCAGUGCCUUUGGUUGCGACUGUACAUGGAGCUGCCCAUACACAGUGAGUAAAACUUUGACGCAAAUGAAAAAUAGUGUAGUUAGUGCAUUUGUAGAUUAAGAAAUGCAACAUACUAAAGUUGUUAGUAAAAGGGUUGUAGAGCUCAACGUCUGUGUGUGUGAGAGAGAGAGAAAAACAUUUGGAGCGCAAGUGUGGUCCUUCAGUGAUGUAACCUGUUUUCUCAUUAUUGGCAACCUUUCUAACCUGCAGGGGUCUCUCCUUCAAGCAUGCAGGGGUCUUCUCCCUCAAAAGAACCCACACACACAAUUAACACUAUCUUGUCCUGUAUGUGUGUGUGAAUGUGCGUCUGUGUAUGAAUACAGUCCUUGAUGUCUCGGUCAUUAGACAAACUCCUGCAAGGACAUACAGAAUGUCCAGAUGUCAUGGCGCCCUUGUGAAAUUGAAGUCACACACAUACUGUAGACAGACACACAUUGUAACCCAAUUCGGCUCCUAAGGCCAACCAGGUUAUGUGCUGUUUUUUAACCUCUGAAUUAAGACCACCAGCUGAGGUCUGAAAAUGUUGUUCUAUGUCCUGUCCAAAAUGUGUUUUGUAACGUGCAUCUCUUUGCUUGCAGCCCAAAUCGAAGUCAUACCUUGCAAAAUCUGCGGAGACAAAUCAUCAGGUAUCCACUAUGGAGUCAUUACGUGUGAAGGAUGUAAGGGUUUCUUCAGACGGAGUCAGCAGAACAAUGCAUCCUACUCCUGCCCGCGCCAGAGGAACUGCCUCAUUGACAGAACAAACCGCAACCGCUGCCAACACUGCCGCCUGCAGAAAUGUCUCGCCCUAGGAAUGUCCAGAGAUGCGGUUAAGUUUGGCCGCAUGUCCAAGAAGCAACGUGACAGCCUGUAUGCAGAGGUCCAGAAGCACCAGGCGCGACUGCAGGAGCAGCGGCAGCAGCAGACAGGCGAAGCAGAAGCUCUGGCACGUGUUUACUCGUCCAGCCUAACCAACGGACUGUCCACCCUCAACCAUGAGAUUGGGGGCACCUAUGCCAAUGGUCAUGUCAUUGAGCUGCCAAAGGGUGUCCAUGGUAACGGAGGCGGAGUCCCAGGGGGAUACUAUGGGAUGGAUUCCACCCAGCCGUCUCCAGACCAGUCAGGUUUGGACAUGUCGGGCAUGAAGCACAUUAAGCAGGAGCCGGUGUAUGACCUGACGCCAGUGCCCAACCUGUUCAGCUACGGAGGCUACCAGGACAGUCAGCUGGGACCCAAUAACGUCAGCAUGGGAGAGCUGGACCGUAUUGCUCAGAAUAUCAUCAAGUCCCACUUGGAGACAUGUCAGUACACGACAGAGGAGUUGCAGCAGCUAGCCUGGCAGACACACUCCUAUGAAGAGGUCAAGAUGUAUCAGAGCAAGCCCCGGGACGUGCUGUGGCAGCAGUGUGCCAUCCAGAUCACCCAUGCAAUCCAGUACGUGGUGGAGUUUGCCAAGCGCAUCUCAGGGUUCAUGGAACUGUGCCAGAACGACCAGAUCCUCCUGCUCAAGUCAGGUUGUUUGGAGGUAGUCUUGGUGCGGAUGUGCAGGGCGUUCAACCCUCUCAACAACACUGUGCUCUUUGAGGGGAAGUACGGAGGCAUGCAGAUGUUCAAAGCUCUAGGUUGUGAUGACUUAGUGAGUGCGGUGUUUGACUUUGCCAAGAGUUUGUGUUCACUGCAGCUGACAGAGGAGGAGAUCGCUCUGUUCUCAGCAGCUGUACUAAUUUCUACAGAUCGCCCGUGGCUGAUGGAGCCUCGGAAAGUCCAGAAGCUCCAGGAGAAGAUCUACUUUGCUCUGCAGCACAUUAUGCAGAAGAACCACAUGGAUGAAGAUGCACUGGCAAAGCUGAUCAGCCGAAUCCCAACGUUGUCAGCCCUGUGCACACUCCACACCGAGGAGCUCCAGGCCUUCCAGCAGCUCCACCCAGAAACAGUCAACGUCCUCUUCCCUCCACUCUACAAAGAACUCUUCAACCCCGACCCCAACUCUGCCAUGACCAUGCCCAAGUGACUGCCUGUGGUCCCGCUGCAACAAAUGGCAUCAGCAGAGGACCAAGAAAAUAAAAAUAUAGCCACGUCUGAUGAGACAACAGCAACUGUGUCGACUAUGUCACCGUCGUGGCAACCACAUAUUCCUGAGCUCCACGAGCCUCAUUUAAGGCUGCGGGGUGAGGAGUCAUCUGCCAGAAACUUACAGUUACCGCCAACAAUACUAGGAAUGUCCAGCACUUAUCCCAUCCCGUUCACCGAUACAGUCUGAAGAAUGUAUAUAUAAAAGAAACGCGCCCCAAGCCACAACUUAAAUGGGGCUUCCUCCCGUCUCCUGAACUGAACUGACUGACCAGAAAUGUACAGACUUUAAAACAUCUAGGAACAAUUUUAAGCUGUCAAUCUUUAAAAAAAAAAUGGGUAAGUUAAUUUGUUUUAACUUUGAAAAAAAUCUUUUUGGUUUGUUUGAUUUUUUUUUUUUUUUGAUUUUUUUUUUCAUGUGAAGAAAUUGUGAAGUUGGAGAAGCUAGACGGGGGAGGGAACUGUGGAUUUAGAGAAGCUAUUGUAGAUAUUCUUCUAGUGCAGAGCGGAUUCCAGUAUUACUUCUUGUUCUGUUAAAAUAAGUUAGUCCUAAUUUAAAUAUACAGCAGUCCACUGUGGCUGACUAUACCUUGUCUAUGUGUUUUUAUUUUAUUUGAUAGUUUCUUGUGUACAGAAUUUGUAAAGUUGAGACUUGUAAAAGAAUAUUUGGUAAAACCGGGAGUCGAUUCGGGUUUUGUUGAUAUAUAGAAGCCUUGUCUGGAUUUUGUUCAUAUGUAAAGAAGGUACUGCAUCCUUCUCAUAGAAAUGUAAAGAGACCAUAUGAAGGAUUUAAAAAAGAAAAUAAUGACUACUACUUUUCAAGGUGAAGAUAUAUACAUAAAUAUUCUAUUUUGCAAGAAAAAGAAUCUGGCAGAUUUGCCAUCCUAUCAAUCAUGUUUUUUCUCGCUGCAAUAAUUAUGUCCAAUAAAAGCUGGACUGCUUUCGAACAAUCAACCAGAAACAACCAAUCAGAAACUAGGACCUCACAAUAAACCCCGCCUCUUCCCAAUGUCCCCUCACGCUGCCCCGUAUUUCUUAUGUAUUCUGGCCUUGACAUCAGAUUCCAGCAGACAGAAGUGCGUGGGAAUCACCAUGAAGAAGUGGACAAAACUCCACAAAAAAACUUGAAUUUAUCUCACAACUUUCCAAUCUUCAAAAACCUGUAUGAGUGCCGUGUGACCUCAUCCCGCCCAUCACUAUUUGCACAACUCAGUCCAUGGAUGUCAAUCACUCCAGGCUGUGAAUAUGAAGGAUCCUUUUUCUCUAAAGAGCAAUAACUUUCACACUGCCUUUCUGAUCUUACUUCUCUCCUUUCCUCCUCUUCCUAUUUCCAGCGGUUCAGAACAGGGUAGCAGUUUUAACUAGAAUGCACUAUAUUUGACUCUUGAUCAUUAAUUAUGUCGUAACAAUCAUCUCUAUGGAUGGUACUCGUUCCACCUCGGACUCUGCAGUCUCUUAAAUGUGACACAUUAUGAUCUGGGGUUAGGACAUGACACAGAGCACUGACUGAAAGAUGUGAAGAAAUGCAGAUUAGCCUGCAAUGAUCUUUAACACUUCUAAAGCUGCAAUACUGCAAUGACAAUUCACACACAAAGCUGUGAUAGACAGUAAUGUUUAUGCUUUUUUGUUAAUCAUUCCUUAAUUGUUAGCACUUACAGAUUGUCAUUUUUUGGUUGCUUUCACAACACUAAUGCUAUGUUGACAAGCAUUUGGCCACUGUGUAAAAUCACACAGCUUUUACUGGGCGUGUAUGCCAUCUGUUGUUAUCACUGUUUUUUUGCAAUAUGGCAUUCAUUCACUUUUGUCAAGAGAUUUAUGAUGAGCUAUGACACAUCUCUAAUUUCAAACUAAAGAGCUUCCUUUAAAAUGAGCUACUUACCAAAAUAAGUGACCCACUACACAAUAAUAACACAACAUUAAUCAGCUGAUGAUACUUUCACAGUUUGUUAUCUGAAUAUAAAUACCUAAAUAAGACAAUUUUUUGAUCUAAGACUUUUACUUUUAAUUACUAUGAUCAGUGGUCUCUGAUCUAGUGUUAUUUAUGCACUAGAAAUUGAGAUCUGUGCUUGUUGUCUGCAAAUGUUCACUGCACAGUGGCUAAAUCUUCAACUUGCUGGUUAUGCAUUUACUAACACUAAAAAACACUUGAACAUUACCAUUUUCAUCCUCACGUUUUCUCCACACGGUGAACAAAACAAUGUUGACAGCAUAGGGAACAAGCGUCAAUGAUAAACAUUAGUGACGUACUCACAUCUACCUGAUCCGCUCACAGGAUCCUUCCUUUGACCCCUGACCCGACCCCAGAUCAGAGGCCAGUGACUCUUAAGACAAUCACUUGCUCAUUAAGGCUUGAUGCACUACACAGCAUCUCUCAGGGAGCAGCUCUUUUUCUGACUUUGCAUUAAAAGAGGGUUUAAUAUUUUUGCAAAUUUACAAAAAAAAAAAAGAAUUAUAAUGACUUUUUAGGAGAAAAAUGGCAUAUGCCGCCAAUGUAUGCUGGAAAUGGAAUCUGCCCAGACAAGGCUUUGAUAAGUGUGUGUCUGUGUGUAUGUGUGUACAGAGCACGAAUUCACUGUCCAAUUCUCUUUAGAGCAAUGACAAGCAUUGUUACGUAGCACAUGAAGAAAAACAAAAAAAUAUAUAUAUGUACACACUGUAUGUUGGUGUGCUCUUGUCACCACUGUACUCUCAUGUUUACUGCUUAUUUUGCUGCUUUCGGGACAGUGAGGGAUGUCCACUGGUAAGCUGUGAAUCAAGCACCAUUACAACACCCCUGGGACAGUGAAUUCCAACUCUGAAUGUGAAGUUUUUGUGUGUGAUGUUAUUAUUUUCCCUUGUUAGACUGUGAAUCAGAGGGGUGGGAUGGGGUUAUGAGAGGGGAUGUGCUGGCAAGAACGAGUGGCAACGCAACACUGUAAGUAAGAUACUGUAGCAAUAAGAACUGGAGGCAUUUACUACUGUCAUGUUUGCAUUGUAAGAUUAUUUUUUAUUUUAUUACUAUUUACUAUUAUUAUUGUUCUUAUUAUGACUACUAUUCUUCUAUUACUAUUAGCCGAUUGUUGUUCUGUUCUAUUUGCAUGACGUUUCAUUGCAAUGAAACAUUUGGGGCUUAUUUGUGUUUUCUCUUCUCAUGAUAUUGUGAGUUUCGUGGGAGGGGUUUAUCGGCAAGGUGGGCGAUGGGUUCAGGGUGAAUUCCACAUCAAUUCAGUCAGUUCAAAGCAAAUUCCUUUCACAAGCUCGAAGAACUUUUAAAUAAAAUGCUCUUAUUUAUACACAA